CCCCAAGAGUAAUCCUCACCUCUUCUCUUUGGUUUCUGAUUUCAGCAUUAUUGAGACAAAGCAUGUCUCCGGUUGCGGACACCUUGAUCGGUAGCUCGAAAAGCUCCGUGUCACAACCAAUAAUCGAUUACUCCCGAUACGUGAGGCGGUACACGUCGGGUCAAGAAUGCGGUAGCUCGUAUUGUAAGGAGCUCGGUUGCCGAGAGCAUUUUCACUGUCUGGAUUGCAGUGGUAGGGUCUUUGUGAAAAAGGAGGAAAUGAUCAGGCAUUUCAAGUGGCACAAAAAGAGGGACGAAUCUUUGCAGCACGGCUUCAUGAGGUAUUCGCCGACGGAUGAUUGCUCGGAGAGACAUCCGGGCCGUGCCUGCCCCCACAAUAGAAAACAGACGCACUACCACUGUAUCCACGAGAAUUGCGAUAAAGUUUACAUAUCGACGUCGGACGUGCAGAUGCACGCCAAUUACCAUCGCAAGGAUUCGGCUAUCAUACAAGAGGGUUUCCAGAGAUUUCGAGCUACCGAGAGCUGUGCUACCGAUCACUGUCCCUUCGUUGGCCAGCGGACCACGCACUUCCAUUGUCGGCGACCAGGUUGCCGGUUCACCUUCAAGAACAAGGCUGACAUGGACAAGCACAAAUCGUACCACAUCAAGGACGAGCAAUUGUCCCGCGAUGGGUUCAAGAAAUUCAUGAAGUCCGAGGCGUGUCCCUUCGAGCAAUGCCGUUUCUCGCGCGUGUGCAAUCACAUACACUGCAUACGACCGCACUGUAGCUACGUUCUUCACUCGUCGGGCCAAUUGUUCUCCCAUAAACGAAAACACGAGCGGCACGAGACCGAGUUGGCGUACAGAAAGUACAAGCAGAUCAACGCGGUCGGCGGUAUCCGGCCGCCAGGCUCCUGGCCGCCCGACGAUCUCACCACGCAAAGUCUCUCCCUCAGCUUGAACGGCGAAAGUUCGAACGAGGACAGGGGCUCCCCCUCCUACUAUUCCCUCGACGAUUCGUUUCAAAGCGGUAGCGAUCUAGCGAUAGAUCUCACCGCGCCAACGACCACGGUCACCGCCGGUGGAAGUUCCACGGCGGUGACCAUCGACCAACAACAGCAGCAACAACAGCAACAGAGUCAACAACAGCUUACCGCCAUGGAAUUGGCGUACCUGGUACCAGGUACGGCCGAUUGCCCCUGCCAUCUGGGCAGGGAACAUCAUCAUUGCGGGUUGGACCGUUGCGGGGCACCUCUCAAGGAUCCUCGCGAGGUGAGGGAACACUUGAAGGAGCACGAGACCCAGGAACGCAUCACGGACGCGUUCUUCGAGGAGGGUGGAUGCGACGACAGUUGCCCGUACGCCGACAAGGAGAAGCAUUAUCACUGCAACUGGGAGAAUUGCCGGGAGGUGAUCCUCUCCACGGACAAACCGUUCCGUCGGCUUCAACAUUACAAGAUCCACGAGUACAGCCGGCAAUUGAACCUCUCCUGCUCGUCUCACGCGUUGUCCUCGGACGUGACGUUGACCCAUCUGACCAACAUCGACGCCAUGUUCAGGCGGAAGAGGGGCAGGCCACCGAAGAACAGAGUGAUCGAGAUCUGGUCGGGUGGCGACCCGGCCACGCACACCCACGACUCCCCCCAGGCGAUAUUCACGAGUUUCAAGCUACCGAAACCCCAAACCCCUAGUCUCACGUCGAAUCCUAUGGCCGAGGAUCGGGAGGGGAGCGUGUCGCCCUCGAACAGCCUCGGCGAGCCCGAAGGAUUCUCCACCUAUAAUCCUGACGGAUGUCCGGAUCCGGCUUGCGUGUUGAGAUCGACCAGACACCAUCAUUGCUCCCAGCUUAGGUGCCACUUCUCCACCGACAGGCCCGACCAAUUACUGAUGCACAGCAAAGACUUCCACGAUAACGUCGACAUACCGCCCGGCUUCGCCUUCUUCGAUAAGAUGGUAGAUUGCCGGCUGGUCGGUUGUCACAGUAAUCGCGUUAAUCGCCAUUUCCAUUGCACCAGGCCGAACUGCGGCUACUCGUUCGUCAGAUACUCGACCAUGGCGAUGCACGAGAAACAGCACUGCAAUAGCCACGGCCCGGUUAGCGACAGCCGGUCGAGCGAAUCCUCGUCCAACCAAGAGUGUCAGACCCAUGCUCAACCGAUGGUCCAGGAUUCAACGAAGCCUAGGAUCCAAGUGAAGAAUCCGGCCGAGCUGAUCGAAAAACCGGAGGAGUGUAUGGCGAGCGGUGGUGGUGGUGGUGGUGGUGGUGUUGGUGGUGGUAGUGGUGGUGGUGUUGGUGGUGAUAUCGAGAAUAGAUCGAUGAUGGACGAGAAGGAAUCGGAGAUUCCGAGCCCGGAUGUCAACAAGACGACCGUGGUGAGGGCGGCAGGCACCUAUUAUCCGGUUAGUGGACCGCCGAGUGAACCCGCACUUCCGGGCGUCGUGCUAUCCAUGCGAACUUCCGUGCACCAAGAAUCCCCCGUUCUUCCAUCGACCAGCACGGCCUCGCCUCACACCCUCUACGGACCGGAGCAGAGUUGCAGCAGGCCGUUCUGCAAGUUGAAACGUAAAAACCAUUACCAUUGUAACGCCUGCAAUCAAGCUUUCUCCGAGUUGGAUCGACUGGUGGCCCACAUAGCGAAACAUUCGACAGGUGCCAUCCUCAGCCAGCAGCAGCACGAGCUGGCGGCGGCCGGUGGUGGCGGCGGCGGCCAACCCCCUAAUCAACUGCAGCACGACUACUUGGCCCAAUUGUCGCAGAAGCACGAGUUCAUGGCGCAGAACGCCCAGAUGGCGCAGAAUAUACAGAAUUUCCAGAAUCAGAUGCAACGUCAGAUGCAGCAAAGCCUGCAGAGCCAGAUGAGCCAGCAGAGCCAGCAGCAGGUGGUUAAGGAGGUGGUGAAGAUGGAGCCGGCGAGGUGCGGCUCGGAUGUCGGCGUUCAAAGCGUUCCGAGCGUGAAGAGGGAGCCCGGUGAAAUUUCGCGGGGCGACGAUGGGAACAAUUCGGUGAUGGACGGGAACGAGAACGGCCAAUUGUCCCAGCCGAGCAUGCCGCCCAGCGUUCAACAAUCCCCGGUCCCGGCCAGCUUCGAGCUCGACCUCAGCCACGGUUUCCACUUCCCCAGCCCGGCGGUGAUGGCCGCUAUGAAUCAACAGAUAGCCCUGAUGAACCAAGCCCUGCCACCUUUCCUCCAACACGGCGGCAUGUACACGGGCGGGCCGGGCCUCAUGUUCGCCCCCGGCCUACCGCCCGCCAAUUUUCUACCUCCCGCGAGAGACGAGAACCCGUUGGCCUCGCUCGCGGCCAAUCUCAACUUGAACAAGCGAUCCUUGUCCCCGCCCGACAGCAACUCCCCAGAGGCGAAGAAGCAGAGGCUUCAUCACUCCAUGCGGAUGCUCAAGGACGAACCGGUGCCGGAAGGAUACGUCAGGUUCAGAUUCAACGAGGACUGCAGGUAUCCCCACUGCGGUUACAGGGAGCAUCAAACGCACUUCCACUGCAUGCGUCAAGACUGCGGCUACUCGUUCUGCGACAAGACGCGUUUCGUUCAACACACGGCGAGGCACGAGCGUCUCGACACUUUGAUGGGCGGCGAUUUCCAACAGUACAGGGCAAACGUGCCGUGCGGCAGGGCGCAGUGCGCGUACACGUCCUCGCUGGGCUCGAUGCAGAACAAGGCGUCCCACUUCCAUUGUCUCAAGUGCGACUUCGUUUGCACGGACACGAACAAGGUGGUCGCCCACAGGCGGCAACACGCGAAAUUGGACAGUAUCGCGGCGGCGGGCUUUCAAAAGUUCACGCCGAGCCAACCUUGCGGUGGUGUACAGUGCCAGCAUUCCGGCAAACAGACUCACUAUCAUUGCCUGCAGUGCCAGUACGCCGUCCUCGGCCUGGCCCAGAUGUCCGCUCACAAGUAUCGCCACAUGGACACAUAACGAAAACGUCCCCACGAACAACUGCCAUUUAACUUGGAGAAUGGAGAAACUCAAGAAAGACAAUUUUCUCUUCUAGGUCCCCUUAGACACAUUCCUUAGAGAACGUGGCCCGGAAGGCCCGGAAUCG